ACAAAUCGGCAAAGAAUGAUGGGUAAGUUGUAUACUCUUCUUAAUAUACCUUAUUAGAAUUGUUGAGUUUGCUGCUUAUGCGGAUAUGAAGGAGGCGAUUGAGAAGUUUGAUGGUUAUGAACUUUACGGGCGCAGGCUUCGUGUGUAUGAAGAUCGUCCAGGCCAGAGAUCUCGAUCAGGUUCUUACAGGUCGCGAUCUGACAGUCGCCGACAUUCCCACAGAUCGCGAAGCCGAGAUUCCUAUCGCAGAAGGGAAUCCCGAAGCCCAAGACAUCGACGCGACAGGUCUCAUUCAAGUGAUGAACACCGGUCGGAAUCUCGUCACGAUUCCCACAGACGCUCCAGGGAAAAUUCCAUCGACAGAGAGUCUAGGAGUCCGUCGCAUCGUUCAAGGUCAGACCGUUCUCAUGCAAGAUCUCUUUCUCAGCACAGUGACAAACACUCAUUGGGUGCUGGUUCUCGCUCUCCAAGUUGUAAUGGUAGAGAAGGCAGCAUGAAGAAUGAUUUAGAUCGGCGCUCCAGGUCACGUUCUGCUACACACUCACGCUCAAGAAGCAGGUCGCGUACAGUUGAUUCAAGGUCUCCUGGUCGUUCUCGUACACGCUCCCGUUCUGCAUCUCGAUCGCGUUCAAUGUCACACCGCAGUGAGUCUGGCACGCCAAGACGAUCAGAUGAGGAAAUGGAUGGUAGAAGCAAUGGUGACCACGGUGCUCGGGAUCGAGAUUCUGAUGAAUAACCGCAUUUAAUGUAGACCGCUCAAGUCGAUGUUAUUUUACCUGCAUACUAAACUUUCUGCAUAAAAUGGC